AUGGCUGCGUCUCUGCCUUCAGGAUACACACUUACGACCGUUACAUGGGACGGCGGAAGUACCAUUCAGACUGUUCCGAUUCAAACCACACCGCCCGCUCAAAAUCCAGCAGGCUCAUCGUCGAAUGCGACUUCCUCGGGAGCACUUACAGCCGCAUCAUCUACACCUAUACCCGGCGCUUCAACGACUUCAAACCCGACAGCUGUGGAUGACAAUGGCGAGACGCCCGGUUCGGGAACACCUUCAGCAUCACCCACAUCGACAAACAAACCAUCAUCUUCGGGAGUAUCGACGGGCGCAAUCGCCGGUGCUUCCGUAGGUUGCCUGCUAGCCGGCCUCAUCAUCGGUGGUCUCAUCGCCUUCUUGCUUCUCGGACGAAAGAAGCGGAAGAGUGGAAGAUACUCGCCUCAGAGUUCCGACACGGGGCACAUCAUCGUCGGUCCAGAGUCCAAAGCCUUGGCUUCUUCAGCUCCCGCCAACCACAGCGACAACAUCCAGAUCAACCAUUUCCUUCUCGACGCGACGCCAGACAAGGAGUUGGCCGGCGAACUGCAAUCUCUCGGGGAGCUAAUCCAGCAACAUGUCGAGAACAACUACCAUUCAAACCCGAUCCAAAUCGAUACCCACGCCCUCGCUCCCAGUCUUUCAAACUUGGGAUUGGGAGAACUAUCCAAGUUCAGCACGGAAGAAAUUGCUUCGCUCUGCAUAGAUCCGAAGACUAGACAGGCUGGCCUCCAACACGUCGUUUCUCUCGCGGUCUUUGGAAGCAUAGACUUCAAGGCGAAGAGCCGCUACUCCAUGCUGCCAGGACCGAUUGCGUCUUUCCUCCAGUCCAUCCCACCAGUCGAGUCGCGUGGAGGUGAUAAAGAAGGCAAGUUCCCCCUCGGCUUUCAGGACAAUGACCCACAGAGCCUCGCCACCGCACUCAACGCAUGUCUCCGUCACUUCGUUCCGGCGGAUCAAGGGAACCAGCGUCAGCAGCUGGACCAUCUGCAGGCUGUGAUCCUGGAAUGCACGAAGCUCGGCUACGAGAUCGUGUCUCAGCCCAGUGAUUGGCGCUUCACUUACAAGACCGAAGAUGCAGGUGCGUCGGGUGCGCGACCUGUCGUGGUGUGCCCGGGACUGGACAAGGUCACCAGUAAGGACGGCAAGAUGUACAACUCCCCUCGUCGCGUGGUUGCACCUGUUGUAACACAGGUUCCUCGCCGUAACCGAUGA